GUUUUCAUUUUCAAUGAAUUGAAAUAAUAAACAAGAAUGGAGGGAAGAUGAUCCAGGCUUAAUUUGAUUGUAAUUUAUUCAAUACGAAAGCUGAGUAUUCUAACAGAUUAUACUUGAUUAAUUUAUUUCGGAAAGCACAUUUAAGAUCGUUUCAACAGCUGAUCCCCAUGAACUAUUUGUAUUUUGUAUGACGUGGUUCAUUCUAUACAUAUAGGGUUCGCUUCUUCAAAUUAUUCAAAAAUGUUUGAAGUAUCGGAUGCCCAGAAGUUUGGAGUUGGUUUGGCUGGAUUUGGGAUUUCCUUUAUUUUUGUUGGAAUUCUUCUAUUUUUUGAUAGAAGUCUUUUGGCCUUAGGAAACUUCUUAUUUAUUGCUGGAUUAACAUGUGUUAUUGGUCCUCAAAGAACCCUGAGAUUCUUCUUUCAACGACAUAAAAUAAAAGGAGCAUUAUCAUUUUUUGCUGGAGUAACUCUCAUUUUGAUGAGGUGGGCUUUUAUUGGCAUGAUUUUAGAAAUUUAUGGGUUUUUCCUUUUAUUCAGUGGUUUCUUCCCAGUGGCCAUAAACUUCCUGAGAAGAGUACCUGUACUAGGAACACUUUUAAAUUUACCUGGAUUAAGUAUGAUAUUAGAUAAGUUAGCUGGUGAUGCUGGUAGAACAAGAGUAUGAACUUUAUGCAGGUGUAUUUUGAGUGAAGUACCUAAAUGAGUGUGAACUUUGAGGAGAAGAAAUUCCAAUAUAGGAAUAUUCUACUGUGAAACUGUAUUAUAAUGAAUUGGGAAAGUUCUUCAAGUUGGAUUUUUUAUUGUUAUUAAUUUUUAUUCUGUUGAUAUAAACACUAUAAUCUUUC